AUGGUGCACCCACCUGCGAUAACGGUGUAUGCUGGAUCAUCCUCCACUGAUGAAUAUAAGAUCAGGAAAGGAACAAAUAUAAAGAAGAAAUCAGAACGUCGCAGCAAAAGUAGGAAAAUCCUGUUUAAAGAUUUACUAACAGAUUACGCAUCGAAGACUACGCUGCACGGUCUAAGAUAUCUCGCCGAGAAGAGUCUCAACAUCUUUGAAAAGUUGUUUUGGCUGGUGACCUUCCUACUGAGUGUGGUACUAUGUUUCUUACUAAUAAGAAACGUUUGGAUCAAAUGGCAAACUAGUCCAGUCAUAGUCAGUUUCAGUGAGAAGUUUGUGCCAGUUGAAAUGGUGCCUUUUCCGUCGAUAACGAUCUGUCCAGAAAUAAAAACUAGAGGUACUAUAUACAACUUCACAAAUGAAUACAUUAAGUACGUUAUAAACAGUACAACUAUAACAAAAGAAGUGGAAGCGGCAAGAAUAAAACUUCAAGAUAUUAGUCUUAUUUGUCAACUUAACGAUGUAAUGUCCGAUUUUGAAAUUGGGCGCAAAACUUCGAAUGCGUCGGUUACUCGGAGUUUCUUAGAGGUCUCACCCACGAUAGAAGAUUACAUGUUCAUGUGUUCGUGGCGAGGAAACUCCUCGGUGCCAUGCUCUGACCUGUUCUCCACUGUUCUGACGGACGAAGGAGUGUGUUUCAACUUUAACUCACUUGCGACAACUGAAGUACUUAAUAUGGACAAUGUUCAAAAGGAAUAUAACUACAGCACAUCUGAAACACCUAGUCAUGGAUGGAACUUAACUGAAGGCUACUCCAGAGACCCUGACCCUUAUCCACGCCGAGGGAUGGACUCCAGACAUGUGCCAGAAUUGGACGUCAUACUUAGAGUACCUGAUAAUGACGAUGAUCGUUUAUGUAAUAUCGUCAAUAAAGGUUUCAAAAUAUUCGUACAGCAUCCCGCUGAUCAACCACUGACAUCUCAAUAUUACUACUCGGUGGCGCCGAGACGAGUCACAUCUCUGGGUCUUAAGUUUCAGAUGAUAACAACAACCAACAGUUUAAAAGACUACAGCCCUAAAGCACGACAAUGCUACUUCCCAGCGGAACGACAGUUGCACUAUUUCAAUAUUUACACAGCCACUAAUUGCAUGCUUGAGUGCCAUUCAAAUUUCACAUACGAACAGUGCGGUUGUGUCGCAUUCUACAUGCCGCAUAACGACAGCGAAUCAAUUUGCACAAGUGAACAAGCAAAGUGCAUUGGAUUAGCUCGUGUGGAUUUCGCGAAAAGAGUCAUCGACGAUUUCAUAGACGAAGGCUCCGAUCCGUGCUCCUGCUUACCAACCUGCAAUUCAAUAGAGUACGAUGCAGACAGUACUGUUUCAGAUUACAAUUUCAAAGACAUAUUAAGACAAAUAGAGACACUGAAGAAAACAAAUCUGUCGAAGCUAAUUGAAGGUACGUUGUUGUCGAUUGAGACGAUUUAUAUUAUAGAUGAUAAUGAUCUGACAAAAGCGAAUUUUUUUAACUUUCAUAGAAUUCAGUAUUCGAGACUAAAAUUACACUUCAAAGAGCCCAAAUUCGUGUCUAUGCGUCGGUCGGAGUUGUUCGGACUGACGGAUUUCUUGGCGAACUGCGGCGGACUGCUGGGUCUCUUCCUCGGGUUCUCGUUCCUCAGUCUAAUCGAGGUCGUAUAUUUCUUUACGUUGAGAUGCGGAUUCCUUUUGAAAAAGGAUUUGGAUGUAGACAAAGAUACCGCAAUAAAAAAUACUACUAUCAACUAA